GACGUCCUAGCCCGCUGCAAGGUCGGGCGGGGCGGAGCCCUAUAUAAGGUAGGCCAGCGGACACCUAAUGUAUUGUAGUUCCCUUGUACCAAGUGGAAGACAUCCCAGAUCUAUCAACAUGCAGGUUGCCGCCUCUCUCGUUCUCCUGGCUUGCGUUGCCGCUGCCUCUGCCGCCCCUGGAUACCUUGCCGCCCCCGCCCUAGUCCGCACUCCUCAGUUCGACUCUGCUGUCAUCAAGAGUGACCGCCUGGGUGGUAACUUUGCCUACAGCACUGUCGAAGCUCAAGCUUACGCCGCAGUUUCCCCUGUUGUUUCCCACGUUGCUACCCCCGUCGCUGUCUCCUACCAUGCCACCCCUCUGGCUGCUCCUCUCGCCCCAGUGGCUCCCAUCGUCCCUGCGCACGCCCCUGUCUACAGCUACGCUGCUCACGCCCCUGCCUACGGCUACGCUGCUCACGCCCCUCUCGUCCUAUAAACCGCCACCACCUCUGUACAGAUUGUAAAUUAUUUAAAAUAGAUCUGGAUUUUUAUAAA